AUGAAUAUUGCUGCUUGGAAUGUACGUGGUGCUGGUAAGAAUAGUUGUGCUCGCACUAUUAAGGAUCUAAAAAAAACUUUUGACAUCGACAUCCUGGCUGUUUUGGAACCUAUAAUAAGUGGGUCUAGGGCCCUAACUGUUGCUCAAAAUUUGGGUUUCUCUCACUUUCAUAUUGUUGAUGCUAUUGGCUUCUCAGGAGGUGUUUGGUUACUGUGGAAUGGGAACUCUGUGUCUCUCCAAGUUGUUGCCCACUCCAGCCAAUCUAUUACUGCCUUAGUGACCUUGGGGAAUCAGUGGUGGCUCCUAACUGUGGUGUAUGCUAACCCUUGCCAGGGAAUUAGAGAAUCCUUGUGGAAUUAUUUUGAUGGCCUUGCUCGUGCCUCCCACCUGCCUUGGCUGGUCCUAGGUGACUUUAACGAUAUUGUAAGUGCAGAUGAAAAAUGUGGAGGCAACCUGGACCAGGGUGGUAGAAGCUUCAUUGAUUGGAUUGAUC